GAGCAGGGCUCAAGAGUGCUAUUUUCUCUCAAAUGACAAGAAUGUUGGAUAUACUGGAAGAUUACUGUCUGUGGAGGCAGUAUAAGUAUUGUCGGUUAGAUGGUCAAACGCCUCACGAAGAUAGAAAUAGGCAAAUUGAAGAAUACAACAUGGAGGGUAGUGAGAAAUUCGUUUUUAUGUUAUCCACACGCGCUGGCGGUCUCGGUAUAAAUCUCACUUCAGCUGAUGUGGUUAUCAUUUAUGAUUCCGAUUGGAACCCUCAAAUGGAUCUGCAGGCUAUGGACAGAGCGCAUCGAAUUGGUCAAACCAAACAAGUACGAGUUUUCCGUUUAAUCACAGACAACACAGUUGAGGAAAAAAUAGUAGAACGAGCAGAGGUGAAACUUCGACUCGACAAACUAGUUAUACAGUCAGGUCGUUUGGUAGACACCAAGAAUCAGCUCAAUAAAGAUGAAAUGCUGAACAUGAUUAGACAUGGGGCCAAUCACGUGUUCUCGUCUAAAGACUCUGAAAUUACUGAUGAAGAUAUUGACACUAUAUUAGCCAAAGGAGAAGUCAAGACCGAAGAAUUAAAACAAAAGUUGGAAAGCCUCGGGGAAUCUUCAUUGCGUGCAUUUUCAAUGGACACUCCUGGUGCCACCACAGAUUCGGUGUAUCAGUUUGAAGGCGAAGAUUACAGAGAGAAACAAAAAGUGAUACCAAUCGGUAGUUGGAUAGAACCUCCAAAACGCGAACGUAAAGCCAAUUACGCAGUGGAUGCUUACUUCAGAGAGGCAUUGCGCGUCUCUGAACCGAAGGCGCCAAAGGCCCCGCGACCACCAAAGCAGCCGAUUGUUCAAGAUUUUCAGUUCUUCCCACCGAGACUUUUCGAACUAUUGGAUCAAGAAAUUUAUCAUUAUCGUAAAACUUUGGGAUACAAGGUCCCUCGUAACCCAGAAUUAGGCCCUGAUGCAGCUAAAAUUCAGCGAGAAGAACAAAGGAAGAUAGAUGAUGCAGAAGCGCUCACUGAAGAAGAAAUACAAGAGAAAGAGCAGUUACUUACGCAAGGUUUUACAAAUUGGACAAAGCGUGAUUUUAAUCAGUUUAUAAAGGCCAAUGAAAAAUAUGGCAGAGAUGAUAUUGAAAAUAUUGCAAAAGAUGUUGAAGGAAAGACACCGGAAGAGGUCAUGGAGUAUUCCGCCGUUUUUUGGGAAAGAUGUCAUGAGUUACAAGAUAUUGACAGAAUAAUGGGACAAAUCGAAAGAGGCGAGGCAAAAAUCCAGAGAAGAGCUUCAAUUAAGAAAGCCUUGGAUGCAAAAAUGGCUCGUUACCGUGCGCCAUUUCAUCAACUUAGGAUUUUGUACGGAACGAAAGGGAAAAAUUACGUAGAAGAAGAGGAUAGGUUUUUGGUGUGCAUGCUGCAUAAAUUGGGAUUCGACAAAGAAAAUGUUUACGAAGAACUCCGCGCAGCCGUGCAUGCCGCACCACAAUUUCGUUUUGACUGGUUUUUGAAAUCUCGUACAGCUGUUGAAUUACAGCGCCGGUGUAAUACACUGAUUACUUUAAUUGAGAGAGAGAAUCAGGAGUUAGAGGAAAAAGAACGUGCAGAGAAGAAGAAAAAGAGUGGCAACGCUAAUCAAAAUACACCAGGAGGCAAUGCUACUGGCAAGGGAACCAAUGCUGGCAAACGUAAGGCUGAUGGCGCCCUAGACUCUGCUCAGAAACACAAGAAGAAGAAGAAAUGAGAUUUGGCACCGCGCAUACGCUAUAAUCAACGCCCCAGUAGAACCGUGAACAAAAUCUAGUAACUUUUUUAUCUUAAUGUGAUUCCGAUACUGUUGAUUUAGCAAUAGUAUAAUUACAUAAAUAAAACUUCUAGUGAAUCCGAAUUGUGUCAAUUUGGAGACUGGUUCCAUGUCAAUGAAACAAUGUUAGGUGAUACAUUUAAGUAUUAUGUGCGAAAAUAGUAAUAUUUAUUUUAUUAUAAGAAUACUUCGUGUGCCCUUUGAUUAUUUCCGCGCGAUGUAACAAUCACUUUCAAAAUAUUGUCAAUAAAUUGUUGGUGACGAAAAUCGCAUAAUAAAUUUAAUAAUUAUAGCGACAUUGUCCACUUUUGACAAAUUUUUAACUGAAGACAUACUCAAGUUUUUGCAAGUAAUUUUAUAAUUCGCAAUAAAGUGAAUAAAGAACAUUAA